AUGUUUCGCUUUUCGUUUUCCCUUCCGGGUAGAGUUUUAUUUAUCGCCGGUUUACGUUUAGAUCUUUCGCGUUUUAGCAGUAACAUGACUUCAGAAGAGUUUAUCGAUAAAAGGAUCCCAGAUAAGUAAGUGUGUUCAUUGGUAAGGCUUUUUUUCGUAGUGGUAUAAACUAAGAUAUUGCAUGAGGGUCCACACAUUAGCAACAAAGAAAAGCUUUCGCAAGCAAAAUCGCACCCACCAUAAAAUUUAUACGAUAGUGUCUCAAGGAGUUUAGAAGCACAGUAUAUCUUCUAUGUAGUUUCAUCUGAAAGCCGCCUUGUUCUUUACUCUCUACUGUACCUGUAUUAUGAUAUGAUGGAAAAUCGAGCUGGAUUUGAGUUGAUGAAUGGAAAUAUGAUAGCUGAUAACUAGACAUCACAAUUAAGUGAUAACUUUUACUUGAUACAGUACAUUAUGACCUGGAAAUGGUUUCCCCCAUACAGGACCAAAAUACAAUAUAUCCGGUAAUCGUCAAAAUUUCACUCCUGGAUACGAAGUAACCUGUAAAUUUUCUUAAGGCAGGAUCUGGAUCACUGCUCAACACUAACUUUUUUGGACACUAUAAGGUAAAAGCUACUGGUAUAAAAAAAAAAAGAAAAAGUGGGGUACAGAACUUUCAUGACCCCUUAUUUUAUUCAAACAGAAAUUGUCUGUUCCUGUGGCAAAUGCAGAGUUCAAAUUUGCUCAUCUCUGAGUGCUACUGUAUGAGUCCACACAAGUUCAUUCAGAGCACAUUUUCCUUCAAUGAAUUGCAGCUUAGAAUAUGUUUUCUUCCAACUUGGUUGAAAAGUUCUCGGCCACUUAUUGCACUUCUUUUCCUCUUCAUGCCGUGUGUUGUACUCUGGUAAACAAUGAAAAUCUGCCUAGGAAUGACUGGCUGUUGAAGGACUCUAUGUUGAGGAUAAGUUGUCAAAAAAGGUGCAAUCUUCAUUCCUUCAGUGAAUUUACAUGAAAAAAUUCCUAGAUGGCAGACCUAUGCUUGUUCCCACCCAAGGUCCUACUUUAUUGAGUUUUUUGUCCAUAUAACUAACUAGUUUAGGGGCUAGGAUGAGCACAUUUUUAUUAGCCCAGUGAGAAGUUUCACUAGUCCUGGCCUAGUGGACCAAGAAAAAUAGCCUCAACAGACAUUCUCGUAUUCAGUGCAACAUGGUGGGUAAUCUGAAGGUUGUGUCUCUGAACAGAUAAAUUGUUGACUUUCUCAUUGAAAAGUCUAACAUGUGAAAUAUUCUACAGAAUGAUGUUGGAGAAUGUUACUGUUAUAAUAUAUGGGGUAUAUCAAAUUUUCCAAAAACAACCCCUCACUUUCAGAUAACCCAUAAUACACCUUGUUUUCCCUGCCAAAUUUUCCACGCACAUUGUCUUCAAUUUCUCCUGGGUAUUGGAAACAAUGCUUAUGCAAAUUUUUGGGAGGGAAACAAGGUUAAUUAUGGGCAAAGUGAAAGUAGCUAAUUUAAGUAAUCUUCUACUUUCCAGCUUCAUUGUGUUGCAAUUUUGUAGUCACUUGUUGGAGUUUUCAAAAAAUCAGUCCCAAAUACAUCAAUUCAGGAAGAGUUUACUUACAUUGAAUUCCCAAGUUUCCCACUAUUUCCCUGAUUAUCCAUCAUACACUGAGAGCAUGAGCUGAUCUAUUACUUUACUGAAACAGAAACUUUACUUUGGGGCGUUAAUAAUUAUUAUUAUUAAUUAUUAUUUGAAAUGGAUUCAUUCAAAGGGCUCAAAUUCCUUUGGGUUUACCCUCCCCCACCCUCCUGCCUUGCCACCCUGGGUUUAGCAAUGGUAUGUGCAUAAUUUACAAAUGGAAAUGGCUUUCACUAGUAUGUGGUGAUAAGUAAACAAUUUUUAUUGUAAAACUGUGAAUUGUGUUGGUAACAAUUAAUUUUAGGUCGAUCCUCUACUCUUUUGAUGUAGGUGGAGAGAUUAUGAUUCAUGUGGAGUUCCAAUCAGUGGUGAAAGGAUCAUUGCUUUCAAGACACCUCUCUCAAGUGUAAGGACUUAAUGAACUACUUUUCCUUUUUCUACUUUUUUGACUGUACACCAGCCUAUAUUUUAAGCCCUGCAGUGCAAUAUCAUCAUCAUCAUCAUCAUCACACUUGCCACUGUAUUGCAGUGUGGCUUUUCUCACUCCUCUCCUUUAUGUGGCUUUCACUGUAACUCAUCCCACGAUGGUGGGUGGGCAUCGCUGAUCAGACUAACAAUCUAUUGAAGACACUGGUUUUGCAUUUGCUAUGUAGGGUGCAAAAAAGCAUACCUAAGGCUUGCUAUAUGGGCAAUCUCCUUAAGGUGAUCAAAGAACAAUCUUAGAAGAUUUUUUUCUUUUUUAACAGAAAUAUGACAAUGAAAGUGACAUUGACAAUGGAAUAAAACCAUUUGAAAGGUACAUUGAUCAAUAUUAAUAAUAUUAGAUGUAGUCAGGGGUAACGAACAAAUGAUUUAAAUGGAACAUAACAUGGGUAAAAAUCCCAACCAGUUGACUAUUUUUCAGUUGUGGCUGAGGAUUUGAACUCAGGACUACCGAGAACAAAUCCAGCUAGCGGUCAGAGUGGGACUUGAACUUGAGGCCUUUAAAUUAUAAGUCCAGCGCUCUAACUGCUCAGUCACGCUGCCUCCAGAUCAAUCAAUAUUAAUAACUUUAUGAAAGGUUUGAAUGCAGGAGUCAUUUCAAAAGUAGGUUGAGUUUGAUCGUCCGGGUGAACGUAGUCCCGAAUAGGACUGUUGUUGUUCACAGUGGCUGACGUUUCGACAACCUGUGCAGUAGUCAUCUUUAGAGUCAAAGUGAGUUGUAUCACGUCAGUUGAUGGUAUUAUACUGUGGUUAUUGAUCUGACUGGUCAAUUACUUCAUGAUGUUAUUGGUCGUCUGUCAGUUAAGCCGUGACGUUAUUGGCUAUGAAGACCCAUAAUCAUCAAACCUCUUUCAGAAGCAAGCUGUUAGAGUGCCAAAAAAAACUCAUAACUGAAGAAGUUAACCAUACUCACUUCUUUUAUUCUUGCACCUUUCUAGUGCAACAGUGACUAAACAACUGUGUGUCAACUUUUGCCUUAAAGAUUCACCCCUAUGGAUCUUCUGAACCAUCUUAAACGAAAAAAACUGAAACUUGGGAUGGUGAUAGACUUUACCAAUACCUUCAGAUAUUACAACGGAAAGGUAAAAUUACCGCAAAAAAUAAACAAUCCAGCUUUUGACUUAUUGAGAUGUACUUUACCUGUUAGAUUUUUGCAAUAUUAUUAUUUUCAGACCUCCUAAUAAUGUCAUUUUAAAAGCUUUUAAAAGCAAAUCAGAAUUAGUUAUCCUUAGGCUUGGCCAAAUGAACAGAGAUGAAAAAUGCUAACUAGCUUACUGAAUUGUACCUCCUCUGUAGUGUUGUAGAGGUGUGAGGUGUUUAAAGUUGUUGUGAUAGCAUUAUCGUGUCAUUGACAGCUUUAGUUAUACAUAUGUAGCUCCUAAAAUUACAUGUUGAUGAUUUAAGAUUUAUAAAAAAAUUAUGUAGGUAAUACCAUGUACACACAUGGGAAUACUGAAAUAAAGUUGUUGUUGUUGUUGUUGUUGAUGUUGCUUUCUUAGGAGUUCUAUGAUCAUGGGAUUGAAUAUCGUAAGAUAAAAUGCAUUGGAAAAGAAAUACCCAAUGAGGAUGUAGUGAGAAGGUAAUAUCUAAAUUUUUCUAAGCCUUGAGCUCCCUCAAACUAACUGUUUACUCAGUACAAUACACUUUUAAAAUUUUACACAUAAACUUCAAAAUACUUGCACAAAGAUAAACAUCAGCUCACAAUUAAAAUGGAAAAUUUUCAACUGGUCAGCAGACAAGUUAAAAAACUCAUGGCCUUGAUGGGUUGCUGCACCUCUUGAGCCUGUAAUGAGAGUCCCCUAUACUUUUUCCGUGAAACGUUACUGGGGCUUUAUUUUUCUUGGAAAACAUGAUUUGAAUUUUUAUAUACUGUAUUUUCUCAAUUUAACGCUGGACCCCGAUUAAACGCCAGCCUCAAAAAAACACCGGGUCAAAACUGCCGAUUUUUAAAUAAUCGCCGUGGGCAUUUAAUCGUGAAAAUACGCUAUUUGUGUUUGCCCAUUCCAAGACAAUUAACAUACUGGUAAAAGUGGUUUUGAAAUUAAGAAUGACAUAUAUUCUUACUGACUGUGCUCAAUCCACGCUUCUGGUAAAACACUAAACUGACUUUGAAGGUAAAAUGUAGGUAAAUUUUAUGUUGUUUUAAAUUGCUUGCACAGAUUCAAGACUGAAGUUUGUUCGUUCAUGGCCAAUAAUACUAAAGGUAACAAUAUUUUGGUAACAUAAAAUAAUUAUAUCUUAACAGAGCUGUCAUUAAGAGGCAGGGACCGCGGAUUUCCCCCGGCUACUAAAAUCUUGGCUCCCGGUUCCUUUCAUAGGAAGAUAGAAGAAAAAUAGAACCAAACGAAAUCCGUAAUACUAGCUGCUUGAUUCCCAGCCUACUUGUUGUAUUUACCUGGAAACUUGAAAUCUUAGUGGCAGCCCUGUUUCAUCUCUUUAGUAUCUGUUAAUAUUUCUCCUGUGAGCUUUUUCACUUCAUUUCUUCAACUACGACUUAUAGUGAAGUACUAGCAUUAAAUUGAUCUGUAAAAGUGCAAAUCAAUACAAAAUAGCAAAGAUUUUUAAUAAGACUCAGUUUGUUUACCAUCUCUUCAGGUGACCUUGUUGGAGUACACUGUACUCAUGGACUCAACAGAGCUGGCUACAUUGUUUGUAGGUGAGAUAAGUGAGAAAUAGUUAUUGCUCUUCACACUCAAAAAAUAGAGUACUUACAAUUGGUACAGUAUUUUCGCAGGAACUUAAUUUCGCAAUAUGGGGACGCGGGUGUAUUUCACGAGACCUGCUCAGUAUUUUCUUCUGAGAGAAGGGGUAUUUAUGGAUACAAAGCACCAAAGAUCAUCUGUUUGAGAGGGACACUGCAAACUCCAGUUGCUUUUUGUUUAGCCUGUGUACGAAUCCCCCCCCUACACAGGCUACUUUUUGUUCCACAACAAGGAACAGAGAAAAAGAACAAGUAUAUGCUUGUUGUGACGAGUCAACAACAAGUCAGAAAGGAAUGGAUUGUGUAAUAACUGUGCACACGGCAAAGAUGUCAAUUAUAUAGCAGGGUAUUUAAAAUUCCUGUCGUUUAAGUUUGUGAAAACUUUUUUCGCGAAUCUUCAAUUUCGCGAAUUUCAAAACAUCACGAAAAUUGCAAAAGUUAUUAAGUUCAUUAACAAUAAGGCAAGCUUUGUAGAUAUCAUAUAAGUGUCACUUGUUGUUAAUCAGCAAUUCAGUAUUCCAUUUGGUAUUUUCUCAACUUAGAUAUCUUAUUGAAUGCAGAGGAUACACGCCUGAAAAAGCUAUCAAAGGUUAGAGGUAGUCAUGCUCCUGUAUUCUGUGCAGCAAUCACACUUUCUUGAGGGUCUUGUGGUUGCUUGAGUUUGUCUCCUGCUUCAUGCACGGCUAAGUAGGCUAUCUGAUUUUUGUUCCAAAGCAACCUUCAUAUGAAGACCCCAACCCCAAUAGGGUUUCUGAAUCCCAGUAAUACCAUCAGAAAUUUUCCCAGUCUCGCAAUCCCGACACGCUAUCCCGAUUCCAAAUAUACGGUUUAUAGUAAGUGGUUUAUGGAGGGUACAGCCUGAUUCCUUCACGUUCAGACAGCCAGUGACAGAUGGUCGGAAAGAAAAGUGACGCGGUAAUCGCCCCUUAUCCACCUGACAGGCUGGGUGUGGAAAAAAUGCAUUCCGGUUCUCCCGACUGCCCGGUUCACACAAGAGCGAAAAAAAAAAAAAAAAAACGGAAAAAGACCUCUUUUAAACGUGUCUGUGCGUUCCAGAUUGAAUUGGAAUUUGAACAAUUUUUCGAGGAGAGGGAAAGACCGGAGUACUUAGAAAAAACCUCUCGGAGCAAAGGAGAGAACCAACAACAAACUGAUAUGGUGUUGACUCUGGGAUUGGAACCCGGGUUACAUCGGUGGUAGGUGAGUGUGGCUCUCACCACUGCGCCACUGUUGUUCCCCGAAAUCCCGUGUACCGUUUGCCGCUAAAUAAUCCCAAAUUUAAUAAUUAAGAUGUACUACUCCCGACUGUACCUCCUCUUCUCUCUGAAAUCCAGAAUCCGGGCUUUCAAUUUAGGGAAAUCCUGGAUCCCGAAAAAUCUAAUGGAGAUCUUCGUAUGUAAGAUUUAUUUGUUUUAUGAUCUUAAAACUAAUUUAUAAAUAGUACUUAUUCUUUCCCUUUUAGCAUUUAAUGAUGCCAGAGGUUAUCAGAUGGAAAGAGAAAAUUACCUGGAUGACCUUAAGACAAAGACUCCUAAAAGGUGAGUGUUCGUCAAAAUUCGGAAAUUUUCUCAGCUUCAUUAGCAUAUGACAGUUUUUAGAAGCUGCCCCCAGCUCAGGCGCUACUUUUUUCGCACAGAGGCGAGGGCGAAACGCAAGUGACACGCGAGUGACUGGUGAUGAAGCACAAGGGACCAUGGGAAGGAGACAAAUGAUAGGCGAAGCCCGUUUUCUGCUUUCCUCCUUCUUUUGCGCACAAAUUUUAUCGAAAUAGAGACGUCUGGUUACGAGGGAGUGAAUGUUAAUCAUCACGUGAAACUUUUAACUCUAAUGACAGCUGAUGUGCAUCAUCGUCUCGCUGUUCCCCGCUGGAGAACGCCUGUGAAUUUGUCAUGUUAUCUACAUGUAUAAAGUGAAUUUGUUUAUGUCUGUUUAUGGAAUGUCAUAUAUUUACUGAUGCACUACGAGGGACAACAUAAAUUCCGCUGUGAAGAACAAUCAACACAAACCGAAAUUACUGUGUUACAGUGUAUAUUCAUUGGCUAAUCAGCAUAAUACCACCCGAAUACACUGUUCUUUGGUUUUUGUGUACAGCUAUUUCUAGAAAAGUUGUCGGAAAAGGUGCACGCGACAAUCUCGAAAGGUAUUGUGGGUGGUUUUUUGUUUACUGUUUUUCAAAGAAAUUUGAAAGAAUGGCACGAGAGGCCAUGGACGUAUGUUUGCGAGUGCUAAAGGAAAGCAACGAAAGUAGCUUCGACAUCUUCAAUGUCAGAAAGUACUCAUCAUAUCCCACAUUACCUUUUGGGUUGUCAGGUGCACAUUUUUUUCUGACGAAAUAACUGUAUAUGGUCAAGCAUCGGUAUCAGUGUUUGAUCCACGGACUUCAGAGUUAGAACCAUUUUGAACGGCGACUUUAUAAACAGUAUCACUGUGAGGUAGUGCUCAGUGUGCGUGUGUGUGUGGUUUUUUUUUUUUUUUUUUUUUUUUGAUAAUAUGACCAAAAGGUUUAAGAAGUAGUUAACAUAAGCUCUUCUUGUUUUCAUCCAGCGAGGACUUCUCUCGUAUUGCAAAUCGAGACACGCGGAAAAGGCGGGACAGUUUAUCUGGAAGCAGACCGAGGUAUAUUCACACUGACACAGAAUCAAGGCAAGUCUCACAUGGUAAGAACACAGGCAGAAUCGAUGGAGUUACACCGUAUUACCUCCAAAGACGAGGUAAUGAAUAUGAAGACUUUGAAUCAAACUAUCGACACCGAGAUCGAAAUCGUUUUACAGAAUACCACAGUCAGACGAGGAACUACACAACAAGGAUGUAUUCAAGGAGAGAGCGCAGAGAUGUUAAUUAUCAUGAUUAUGGUAAUACCUAUGAUAAUUCAUAUCAUAAUUAUAAUGAUCGGUACAAUAAUCAUGCAAACUAUGGUUAUCGAGAAUAUGGACCGACUAGGAGCCGAGAAAGAUCUUACAGAAGUGACCAUGUAAAGAGAGGUAGGUCCUAUAAGGACCGUUCCGAACCAUACUCGCAUCAGCGUAGUAGAUAUUAUUAGUCAGCUUCCUCCAUGUUGGAGGAAUUUUACCAUACGCAGUAUACACCCAAGAUGGCAGGUGGCAAACAAACCAUUCUCCAACAUCGUUAACGUUGAGCUUUUGAAAGCAAUACCGACGGCGACGCUAACGAGAACGUAAAAAGAAAGUAAUGAGUUUAAAAUAGCAAAAUAACAUUUUUACAUUCAGUCUCUAGUUGCCGUUAUUUGACGACCAGCACGUCAAACUUCCUAUCCGUUUUAUGGUGGACGUGAACGCAAGACAACGAUUUUCUUUUCCUUGUCCUAAACUUGGAUGCAGUCCCUCCUUUAGAAUUCAGCUCCUAAAAAAGUCGCGAACAUGGCAAAUUGAACGAGAUGGAAUACUGAUGGGAUGAAGUUUCUUAGGAGUGCGAAUUCACUUUUCCAAGAGACUUUUUCACAGCUGUCGCCGUCGUGGUUGCUUAACUUCCCAGUCUUAUGAUUUCCAACUUUUAGUUGGUACGUUGCCUUCUUGGUAAUAAAGAAUUUUAGAUUCCAGGAAGAGGACGGCUAUGAGGACGACAUUUAAUUUUAAGUUUUCUCGUCUAUUCUCUAAAAAUAGACACCCCGGAAAUCAUCAUUGUACUUUUUUUUACGACCAAAGUUAGUUCUGUUAUUUCCGUUGAAAGAGGUAAAGCCCUCUCCCGAUCGCUAAAUGAUAAAAUUCCUAAUGACAUUUGAUAACUUUUUUUGGCCACUACGACAUUCUCUCUAAAUCCCGUAGUAGAAUGACGAGGGCCAUUACAUUUUCCCGCCAAAAUGACGUUGGGUCGUAUGCGCGCACUCCUUAUUAUUGGGAAAAUCUUGUAGUCGUUCUCAUCUUAGAAUCUAAUAAAAGUUCUCUAAUUUCAAGGAAUCAACUCAAUUGGGAGCUUGCUAUCGUUACAUUGGGGACAUUCCGCUACUUUCGCAAUUUAGUGUACGUUGAAACUACGAAGUCGUGUUUCGAUUUUAGGAGUCGUCGCUUUUGAAACUUUGCUUUCCGGUUACUUGUUACAAGUAGACUCAGUAUCAUUUUAUGUGGUGUAUUGAGAAAUACCGGUUUGCUUUUAGUGAAGCCACUCGCGACAUUUUUAUUGCCAUAUCUCACUCGUACGUAUAUCCGGUAAACAAGUGAAAUGAAGCUUAAGAUAGUGGAACAUACAUUAAUGGGAAUUCUUACUCUUUUUAUAUCAUAUUCAGCAGAGCUGUAAAUAAAAGCGGUUGUCGGACCCGUUGUCUGACUGGCCAGUCUUAACUGGUGGUCGCACAUGACGUCUGGACAAAAUUAAUACCGGGCUAUAACUUUACAAAUCGAUAAAAUCUACCUCUUUAAGCACAUGUGAAUAACCUUGCAGUGAAUAUAUGGUAGUAAGUGUCGCCAUGCACAAAUUUCUUUGAAGACACUUAGUGUGUCCUGGAUUGAGACACACCAAACUUUUUUUUGUCUUACCAAAAUACUGACUCAGUGGCCGGUCAUACGUGUUAUGAAGAAAGAAAAAAUAUUUGCAGCUUAAAUUUUAUUUUAGAUCAUAACCAAGGUCACUGUUGAACGAAGAAAGUACACGGAGGCGUAUAGAUCGUUUUCACAUGACGUCACGGCGGCCAUAUUUGUGUACAAAACAAUGAAUCGGCGGCCAUCUUUGUGUACAAAAAAAUCCUGUGGGAUUUGAACUCUAUUCACAUGAUAAAACUUUCUUUUGUUCCAAGCAAUUUGCAAAACUGCUGACCACGUGACUGAAAACGAUCUAUUUUAAUGGUAGUGUAUUUAAACUAAUCAAGUUUCCUACUGAAGUACAAACGUGUGAAUAGAAAAAUAUGCAGAUAUAUGCAUAAAGGGACAUCAAUAUGUGAGAAUCUAUCAAUAAUUACAAUAGGAUGCAAUCAUCACAGUCACCGAAACCAGGAUUAUUUAGAAUCAAUUUUUGAGGUUUUUCUUUUCUUUUAUUCCUUAAUUCAUUUUGAAGCAUGAAUUCAGUUUUUUGAUACCCGUUCCUGUUUCUAGUAAUGGCUGUUAGUGCCGGGAUUACCUUGGUCUCACUUUGCUGCGUCUUGUGAUUUGCCAACAUAUUGGCGCCAGUUUGUUCAACCAAU